AUGACUGCGAUAAAAUAUGUAUGGAAAAACGGCGAAGACGUUUUACGAAAAUCCCCUAGUCUGAUGACUCUAAACGCUUAUCUCAUAAAUAAUUCAACGCUGGUUUGUCCCAUCAAAUCUAGUUGGAGAGGAAAUUACAGCUGUCUAAUGGUAGAACUAAUAUUUACCAGAGAUCGAGCCUUUUAUUUUACGACAGUAUUCAUACCUGGUAUAAUAUUGGUUACAUCAUCGUUCAUAACCUUUUGGUUAGAAUGGAAUGCAGUACCUGCUAGAGUUAUGAUUGGUGUAACUACAAUGCUCAAUUUUUUCACAACGUCAAACGGAUUUCGUUCUACGUUACCGGUAGUGUCUAAUUUAACGGCAAUGAACGUUUGGGACGGUGUUUGCAUGUGUUUCAUUUACGCUUCCCUUCUAGAAUUCGUCUGCGUGAACUACGUGGGGAGGAAGAGGCCGUUACAUAAUAUAGUUUAUAAGCCGGCAGAAAAUAUUCUGACACAGCAAGGCAACAAAAAAAGAGAAUCAAUGCCUAUGGUUCCUAACGAAAUCAUAACUUGCACCAAUUGUGGACCAAAUCCUUGUACACAUACUGCAAAUAAUGGAUGUCCAGAGGUGUCUUUUUUGCAGGUGAGGAAAAAAGAACCUCCGCAUCCAAUACGAGUCGCAAAGACCAUUGACGUCAUAGCCAGAAUAACAUUUCCAACAGCCUUUGCAAUUUUUCUUAUAUUUUUCUUUUACCACUACAAGAGCUUUACAAACAUCACGCAUGAAGAUUAAAUUUUUAAGUACUUAAAUCAAAUAUUUUAUUCAGGGGUGGUGCGUGCUUUUAAAUAAAGUGAGAAGUGG